AUGGGUUUAGGCUGGAAUGGUGAUGGCACGACAAGCUUGGUGAGGUUUGUUGAAAAUCAUGGAAGGUUCGAUCUGGGUUACGAGCCUACACAUGCCGACAAGAGAAGGGUCACCUUAGAAAGGAAAGAUGUAGAAGCAAAGCUUCAUGAGGAGGUUGAAGAAGAAGACAUGGAUAAGUGGAUUGCGUGGUUUGAUGGUGCGUCUAAUGCACUAGGCCAUGGGAUUGGGGUAGUGUUGGUUUCCCCAGACAAGCAAUAUAUACCUUUCACGGCUAGGUUGUGUUUCGACUACAUAAACAAUAUAGUGAAGUACGAGUUGAAAGGUGAAUGGGAGACUAGAGACCACAAAUUGGUGACUUACCUGGCUUACAUCAGGAAAUUGGUGGAACUCUUUGCUGACAUAUCAUUUCAUCAUAUUCCUAGAGAGGAAAUUCAAAUGGCCGACACCCUUGCCACUCUAUCGUCCAUGUUAAAAGUGAGCCCGCAAGGAGAUUUGCCGUACAUUGAAUUCAGAUGUCAUGUCGAGCCUGCACACUGUUGUUUGAUAAAAGAAAAGGAGGAUGGUAAGCCUUGGUACUUCGAUAUCAAACGAUACAUUAAAGACAAGGAAUACCCACCCGAGGUCUCUGACAACGACAAGAGGACGUUACGAAGGUUGGCAGCUGGUUUCUUCCUGAGUGGGGAUAUCUUGUACAAGAGAAACCUUGACAUGGUGUUGCUUCAAUGUGUGGAUGCAAAAGAGGCCGAACAAAUGCUAGUGGAGGUGCAUGAGGGAUCCUUUGGUACACAUGCCAAUGGACAUGCCAUGGCCUGA